CAGCGGCAGCAGCGACGCGAACUAGGGGCGCCUGGCCUGGGCGCGCGGGGGCGGGGACGCGCGCGGCUGGGGGGUGGCGGCGUGGGGGACGGGGGCGGGGACGGGGGUGCCCCGGCCUGAGCGGGACGAGGAGGGUGCGCCACCCGCUUCCGCCGCCGCCGGGGAAUCCCCCGGGCUGGCGCGCAGGGAAGUUCCCGAAGGCACCCGGCAUAAAAGGGCGGCGGUUGCCAGCGCGCCCAAACCCGGCAGCCCCAGUUAGCGGCGCAGCGCUCCAGCCAUGUCGCGCGGCCUCCAGCUUCUGCUCCUGAGCUGCGCCUACAGCCUGGCGCCCGCCACGCGGGAGGUGAAGGCGGCUUGCUCCGAGGAUGUGGACUUGCCCUGCACCGCUCCCUGGGACCCGCAGGUUCCCUACACGGCCUCCUGGGUCAAGCUCUCGGAGGGCGGUGAAGAGAGGAUGGAGACUCCUCAGGAAAACCUGCGCUAUCAUCAGAAGACGCAAAAUGGUUCUUUCGAGGCCCCCAGUGGCAGGCGCUAUUCCCUGAAGAUCCGGAACACGACCAGCUGCAGCUCGGGCAUGUACAGGUGCACUCUGCAGGAGCCAGAUGGGCAGAGGAACCUGAGUGGCAAGGUGAUCUUGAGAGUGACAGGAUGCCCUGCGCAGCGUAAAGAAGAGACUUUUAAGAAAUACAGAGCGGAGAUUGUCCUGCUGCUGGCUCUGGUUGUUUUCUACUUAACACUCAUCAUUUUCACUUGUAAGUUUGCACGACUACAGAGUAUCUUCCCAGAUAUUUCUAAAGCUGGCAUGGAACGAGCUUUUCUCCCAGUUACUUCCCCAAGUAAGCAUGUGGGGCCAGUGACUCUUCACAAGACAGAACUGGUAUGAGCAGGAUUUCUGCAGGUUCUUCUUCCUGAAGCUAAGGCUCAGGGGCGUGCCUGUCUGUCACACUGGAGGAGAGGAGAAUGAGCCCGAUGCUGGAGAUGGCAUCCCCUCGUGACGUCCUUCACCUGAACGAAAACAUCUAGAAGUGGAUCCCACCCCAUUUGCUGUGAGCAGCAUUUGAAAACCAUCACAUGACCACAUAGCAUGGGACCACUGCUGCUGUUCCACGACCACCUUUUCAGCGACGUGUGCAGCUGUCUGAUCAACCUCUUGGACACUUGUUCAGUUGCGUAAAAGCUCUGGUGAAAUGCAGCCGGAAAAAGAUCUUGGGAACUAUGAAUGCCCCGAGCUGGCCUGCGACAGCCUCCUGAGGACAGCUAUCCUCUUCUGUAUCUAACGGACAUCUCUUUGAAUUUGCUGUGUUUUGUUGUACCAGCCCAGAUGUUUUACCUCUGGGAGGAAUUGACAGAUCAAGCUGUGAGGCAGUGGGAAAUAUUUAGCAAAUAAUUUCCUGGUGUGAAGGUCCUGCUAUUACUAAGGAGUAAUCUGUGUACAAAGAAAUAACAGGUCGAUGAACUAUUCCCCAGCAGGGUCUUUUCAUCGGGGAAAGACUUCCAUAAAGAAGCAAUAAAGAAGAGUGCCACAUUUAUUUUUUUAUCUACACAUACUUGUCAAGAAGGGUUUGUGUUUUUCUGCUUUUGAAAUCUGUAUCUGUAGUUAGAUAGCAUUGUGAACUGAGAAGCGGCCUGGAUAUAGAGAAGGAGAAGAGUCGGACAGGAUGACAGGAGAGAGAGCUAUCCAGUGACCGGCCGGAAAGGCGGGGCUCACGGUGCAGUCUGGGUGCCUGUCACAUCAUCCAUCGUCCCACUGUCUGGCUGCAUGAUCUGGAGCAAGUUCCUUAUGGUUUCUGCUUUCUCCAUUGUAAACCACAAGGCUGUUGCAUGGGCUGAUGAAGAUACUAUAUGUGAAAAUUCUUCGAAAACGUAUAAAGCGCUAUACAAAUUUGAAACUCCAUUGAGUCCUUAUCCUUGCCAUGAUGGUGGUGUUCUGGGGAUGAGAAGGUGCUCAUUUCUCAUGUUUUCUAUUGUCUGAAACAAAGAAGGUUACCAUGAAGCCUUUCCCAGAGCCUUCUGCAAUAAUUCCUUCGGGGAAGUGGCGAGGCCAGACCCAUGGUCUGUUCUUCAAGCAGUAGCCUAACACACUUUAGGAUAUGGACACGCGGGAGCCACUAGCAGAAGGGACUUCCCGAAAUGUUGCGUGGAUGUUUUAGCCAUUGUUGGGUUUCUCUCUUAUCAAAUGUGGGCCCUUCCCUUCUUGGUUUCCAAAGGCAUCUUAACUGCUUGAGUUAUGUGUCCACUGUCCCCUCGAAUAUUAGGAAGUAAACUGGAUACCAGGCUGACUUAGUGUCUUUGUCUCCAUUGUGGCUUUCAUGUUAUUAUACAUAUGCAGGUGAAGAAGUGUUUUUCUGUUUUAUGUUCAACUUGUAAGACUUUGGGAUAGGAAAAAUGACCAAUGGCUACUAGGCUUAAUACCUGGGUGAUGACAUCAUCUGUACAACGAACCCCCAUGACAUAAGUUUACCUAUGUAACAAACCUGCACUUGUACCCAUGAACUUAAAAUAAAAGUUAAAAAUAAAAAACACAUACAA